AUGGCACGUGCGAUGGCGGACUCAGAGGUCUGGUCGAUCGGAAGCAUCGACCCGAUGACCGAAGAGAUGAACCCCACACGGGCGCUCCAGUCUCGUCGCCUGCAAGCUUGUUUCUAUUUUACAGGCGUCGCAUCACUUCUCGGCUGGCAAAUUAUUCUGAGCUUUACUCACAGCUUCGACUGCACGCUUUUCCUUGGAAAGCGCUUUGCUGGAGCUGGUUGGGCCUUUUGGUGCUCGAUGGCCUACUCGCUGGCCGUGAACAUUACCCAGCUCGUUCUCACCAGUCGCAGGGUCUUGUCCCGAAUCCCUUUUGCAGUGCGGUGGAAUGUAGCUGCGAUAUGUGUUGCGUUGUCGCUGAUCGGCCUUUUGCUAUGCCAUAUCUACACGACCCCCGACACACUUGAGAUGGGCUUCGCGAUGGCCGUGGCAUGCGUGUCGCUCACGGGGGCGGCCUCGGGAAUCUGGCAAGCCUGUGCCUUCGGCUUGGCUGGAUGCCUUUCCCCGUGGUUCGCCCAGGCCCUGAUGUUUGGUCAGGGCCUGGGUGGGGUGUUCUCCAGCAUCAUCGGCGCCGCCUUCAGUACCAGCAGGUCCGGGCUCAUCUUCAGCUUCACUUUUGCCGCCGUCUUUGAGCUGCUGGGCAUCCCAAUUUUUUAUCAAAUGAUCCGCAACCCGAUCGUGCAGGAAGCGGGGGCGUUGAAGCCCUGCGCGCCUGCUGAGAGCCAGGUGACGCCCUCCAGCAGCCCUGUGCUGACACGUGCACGGUCUUCACGCGAGAUCUUGGUUCAGAACGCCUGGCCACAGGCCUUGACGGUGAUGGCUGUCUUCACUGUCAGCUUCACCGUAUUCCCAGGUGUCACUUCCAGGCUUUCGCCUGGCGCCAGGGUUCCAGUGCUCAUUUCACUUUUUCAGAUAAUGGAUCCCGUCGGCCGCUUUGCGCCGAAAUGGUCAGUGCUGCGCAUCAGUGAAGGGUACGUUGUCUCGUUCCUUGCUGGUCUGCGAAUCCUUUUCAUACCACUGUUCAUCGCUAUGCAACGCGAGAGUUUGCAGAGUUGGGCGCAGAGUGAUGUCCUGCAGUUUGCUGUGAUGGUUGCCUUCGCGUUUUCCAACGGCUACGUGUCAACAUUAUCUAUGAUGCUUGGGCCAGAGCAACGUGGCGUUUCCGCCGAUGAACGGGAACCAGUGGGUACCAUGAUGUCUUUGUCGCUGGUCUUCGGAAUUUGGCUUGGAAGUGUGCUGGGUCUCAUGACCCAAGUUGGCGUACAGGACGUCAACACAUGUUGA